UCUGAGCCCGGAGUCCCGCCUCCGCCCUCUCUGGAAGAGAUGGUCAGACAUUUUGCAAACGCCUUGAAGGAUGGAAUUAGCAGAGAGCUCUUGAAACUGCCUCUGGAGAUGGAAACCAGCGGAAUUCUCGAAAAGAAGAGGGAUAUUAAAAAGAAGGAUGCAUGUAUUGAUUUCCAAGCGCAGUCUGUCCAUGUUAGUCUUGCACGUGCUUGACUCCAGUCAGCCACCGUAGGCCCCGCCACCGGCGGUGCACUUUCCGUCGAUCCGGUAGCUUCGCGCUUGCUCACGAACUUGCCUGCCUGGCUGGCGCACCCAGCCCCUCCUUCCAUUCCGUCUUCCCCCUCCGCAGCCUCUGCCAGCCGGUACUGCGCAUGCUUUCUGACGCCCACUUUGGUCCAGCGUGGGAGGAGGGGAUGGAAAUGAGGUUGGGCCGAGCAGCUCGCGCGCGUUCCCUUCCCUGCCCUCCCCCGACGCCGGACGCGCGCCGGGCGGUGCAGCUUCGCGGGUCCGAGGGCAGUGCAGCAGCAGCGGCUGCGGCCGUGGCCGCGGCGGGAGGAGCCCGAAGCCCCGCCCCGGGGGAGGGGCCGUCCUGCAGGUCCCCCCUCUAUCCUCCACGGCCCCAUCCAAGCCAGGGAUGAAAUUUAACGGCAAGAAGGACGCAGUUGACGCGGCGUCAAUGAACUAAGUCAAAAGCCGGGCCCUCCAACCCUAUCCCCAUCAGCAUGGUAAUCACCGCCGUCACCCCCCACCCCGCGCCCUGCCCCUAGGUUCCUGUGCCAGCAAGAUGCUGGAGCGAGGCGCGGAGUCCGCGGCCGGGGCCACCGAUCCUAGUCCCACUGGCAAGGAACCGGUAACCAAAGAAGCUCCCCACCAGGGCCCACUGCAGAAGCCCAGCCAGUCAGCUCCAGGGCCCACCGCGUCCGCGAGCACGCCUCCCCGGCCUCGCCGGCGGCCCCCGCCCCAGCGCCCGCACCGCUGUCCCGACUGUGACAAGGCCUUCUCGUACCCAUCCAAACUGGCCACGCACCGCUUAGCACACGGCGGCGCCCGACCCCACCCAUGCCCAGACUGCCCCAAGGCCUUCUCCUACCCCUCCAAACUGGCAGCCCACCGCCUCACGCACAGCGGCGCCCGCCCACACCCGUGCCCACACUGCCCGAAGGCCUUUGGCCACCGCUCCAAGCUGGCGGCUCACCUCUGGACCCACGCACCCACCCGCCCCUACCCGUGCCCCGACUGCCCCAAGUCCUUCUGCUACCCUUCCAAGCUGGCGGCCCACCGCCACACGCACCACGCCACCGAUGCCCGCCCCUAUCCUUGCCCGCAUUGCCCCAAGGCUUUCUCAUUUCCCUCCAAGCUGGCUGCCCAUCGCCUAUGUCACGACCCCCCAACCGCACCCGGCAGCCAGGCGACGGCCCGGCACCGAUGCUCCAGCUGCGGCCAGGCCUUUGGCCAGAGACGCUUACUGCUCCUUCAUCAACGCAGCCACCACCAGGUGGAGCACAAAGGGGAGAGAGACUGAGCCCUCCCUUGGCUCACUGUCCCCCUCUGCCGCCAGCCCUCGCCAGUAAGAGGUGGGAUUUCUAAAAUCGACUGUAUGAGCUCCCUCUUCCAGAUAGCUGGCAGAGGGCAAGGCAAGGGAUUGGCCAUUUAUACUGGGCUCGAACUCAGAAGCCCCAGGAACUCUUUGCUCCCCUGCUUUGGGGAGAUCUCAAACCAUGGAGGUGGAGCUGUGCUUUGACAGCCCUGGCUCUGCUUCUCCCCACACACUUACAUGGCAAAGGUAAAAAGUCUGCUACUAUCGUGGGUUGAUGAGGAUUGUGGGCAAACAGGCUCUCUUGUUGUUAAAAGUUUAAAUUGGUGUCUCCACUUUGGCCAUAUGACUGUAUCUAAGAAACGGAAAAUACAUGCUUGUCUCAAAUCUUCCACGUGUGGAAAUUUAUUCUAUAAACUCAUGUAUGUGAAAAAAGCAUAGUGUAUAAGGGUGUUCACCGCAAUGCGACUGUUGUGGCCAAAGACUGGAAGCAACUCAAGUGCCCAAGAACAGGGGACCGACUAUUGAAUUACAGCCACGGAAUGGA